AUCUAUUCUAGGAGUAUGAGCUGUCCUUUCAUCCCUUGUUUCUUGCGUUCGUAGCAAGUAGCAACGUACCAAUUUCCACGUUCUCCUCUUCUUUUAUCGCGCUUCAUAGUAUGAUAGUAGUAUAUAAGUAGGUGCAUGAUUUAUCUCUAACAUCACACCAUUUCUUACUUCUUAGCACGCCAAAUAUCAUUUCUCAUUUUCUCCCAUCAGGCAUCAUGAUAAACUCUAAAACAUGUUUUCCCCUCAUUUACAUUGUCAUAAUCUUACUUAUUCACAUAUAUACACCCAUUUUCGUAGAAUCCUGCCAUGCCACAGACAAAGAGGCCCUGCUUGAUUUUAAGCACAGAAUCAGUGAUGAUCCGUCGCAACUCCUCGGCACUUGGCUCCCCACCACCGACUGCUGCACUGCGUGGGAGGGUGUUGGUUGCGACACCGCCAACGGACGAGUUGUAAACGUCUCUCGUUCUGGCCUAGUAGCUGGUGAUGACUUCAUAUUAGACACCUCAAUGUCAGGUACACUCUCCCCUUUUCUAGGCAACCUCACCUAUCUUAAACUCCUUGACUUGAGCAACCUUAAAGAACUAACUGGUCCUAUUCCACCGCAACUUGGUAAGUUAUCUCAUUUAACCCAACUUUUCCUCAACAUCAAUAAGCUAAAUGGUUCACUACCCUCUUCCUUUAGUGGCCUUAUUAAGUUAACAAAGCUCUAUCUUAACCAAAAUACCCUCUCUGGCACCAUACCCGACUCUGUUUUUCGAUCAUUGACAUCGAUUUUGGAAUUGGGUCUUUCAGAAAAUCAUUUUUCUGGUCCAAUACCAUCUUCGAUUGUUAAGAUGAUUUUAGUAACUAGGAUUGAUCUUCAUGAUAAUAAACUCUCGGGUCGAAUUCCUUCCGACAUUGGCAAGCUUAAGAGUCUAACUGAUAUAGAUUUUUCUAUAAAUCGUAUUGGUGGAAACAUACCUGAUUCUAUAGGUAAACUAACUAAAUUAGAAUACUUGUCACUAGACCAAAACAAACUCACGGGAUCAAUCCCUUCUUCAAUAAGCCAGCUUGUUUCGCUAGAAGUAUUAGGUCUCGGCAACAAUAGAUUGACCGGUGUUAUACCGGAUUCCAUUGGAGAUCUUCCUAGAAUUCAACAAAUCACCUUAGACAACAAUAUGAUUACGGGGCGUCUACCAUCAAGUAUAGGACGUCUUACUACAUUGAUUAACAUGAUGUGUUCGAACAAUCGAUUUGUAGGACAGAUACCCACAAGUUUUGGCAAUCUAAAGAGUCUUAUGGCCUUAGAUUUAUCUAAAAAUCAACUUGUAAGUCCACUUCCUCGUCAACUUACUAAAGUUAAGGAUUUACAAAUUCUUGAUUUGUCAUAUAAUCCUCUAGCUUUAGUGAGCAUACCAAGUUGGUUUUCUGAGUUCAAUGUCUUUAGGCUAAUGUUAGCCAAGACCGGAAUCAAAGGCGAGCUACCCAAGUGGUUGUCUUCCUCAUCAAUAGGCUACCUCGAUUUAUCAAGCAAUGAACUAAGAGGGAAGCUGCCUUCAUGGAUAGGGAACAUGAGUGAGUUAUGGUAUCUUAAUUUGUCUAAUAAUAGAUUCUACUCUACCAUUCCAAAGGAAUUCAAGAAUCUUCUAUUACUCUCAGACCUUGAUCUUCAUUCAAACAAGUUUUCGGGCUCUUUGGAGUAUAUUUUUGAUAAGAAUGUGGAUGAACCACGAGGACAUUAUAACUCUAUCGAUGUGUCUAAUAACAUGUUUUCUGGUCCUAUUGACAAGAAUGUCGGAAAUAAGCUUGCCAUGGACUCGAUCACUUCUUUGAUAUUGUCGAAUAAUCCAUUGGGAGGGCGUAUACCCAAUUCAAUUGGGAGGUUGAAUCAACUACAAGUGUUGAAAAUGGUGCGUAACCAACUCUCAGGAACAAUUCCAGAAGAAAUUGGAAAUGCUAGUAAUUUGAAGACAAUUAAAUUGUCAAGAAAUUACUUAACUGGAAGUAUUCCAGGGAAGGUGCUGAAUUUGGAGAACUUGGAAGUAUUUCAAGUCUUCAGAAAUAAACUAAGCGGGGAAAUCCCACUUCAUAAGGCUAACAUUCCUGCUUCUGCGUUUUUUGGUAAUCCUGGUCUUUGUGGUGCUCCACUCCCUGCUUGUAAGCAGUCAUAGUUAGCUUAAAUUUGAUUAUACUCUUAAGUUGUAUUUUAAGUUUCUUUUUUCAGUAUUAAUUAAAUUUACGAUUUGUAAUAUGUUGAUGUAAUAAAUAAAAAUAGCAAAUGAUCUCAAGUAAAUGAUCAUUUGUUCUGCAAAA